GAGGUAUGCUUCUAAAAAGUAGAAGAAUAAAAGAAAAAUAUGACAAUAGUAAUAGCAAUAGUAGUGGUAAUAAUAAUAAUAUUAAGAAAAAAAUAGUAGUCGUAAUAGUAAUAUUAGUAGUUGUAACAAUAAUAUUAGUAGUUAUAAUAAUAACAAUAAUAUUAGUAGAUAUAAUAAUAAAAAUAAUAAUAAAAAUAAUAAUAAAUAAAUAUUUUUUAAACUACAAACAACAACAACAACAACAGGAAUACGUAUGUGGGAAUAAAUAGUACUAAUAAUAAAUAAUAUAAAUCUUU